GUAGUUCAUUCUCCGAUUCUCGAGCUGCCCGCUCGCCUGAACCCAGAUUUGAGUAUGCAAUGCCACCCAUCCCGUGGAGGUGUCCCUACCUUUCCGUGCGAUUUUUACCUCGCGAAUUGUUAUUGUUUCAUUUUCAUGUGUAUCACAGCUUUGUAAAAUAAAUCGGUGUGUUUUUUUUCCAUUCCUCGCGACCGUUCCGAAAUGGGUGUGUGAGCACGGUGGGCUCGCGUUGAUGAGGUGCCCAGGGUGUAUUUAUUGAUAACCUAAAAUUUUUUUGGGUCUUUCGCGAGCAAGUUCGGUCUAGUUUCCUUCGCCUUCGCAUCCGUGCCUGGCUCGUGAAAAUAAUGAAGUGCUUUUUGUUCAAGUAGUGCGAUGUGAUAAUCACUCAGUGAGCUCGCAAAAUGUCUGCAUCCAAAGUAACGAAUGCAGUUUCUUUCAAACCUGUUGAGGUCCCAGAGGCCCUUCAAGAGGGUGAUAAGUUUAUCAAGUGGGAUGAGGAUAGUGGCUCAGGGAUACCGGUCACCUUACGCGUGGACAAGUAUGGGUUCUUCUUAUAUUGGACUGAUCAAAAUAAGGAUGUGGACCUUCUUGAUAUUUCCUCCGUGAGGGAUGUGAGGACUGGGAAAUUUGCCAAAAUACCAAAGGAUUCCAAACUCCGGAAUGUAGUAGCAAUGGGCGCUCAAGACACUUUGGAGGAAAAAACCUUGACUCUGUGCUGCGGUUCGGAUUUUGUGAACCUCAAUUUCAUCAAUUUCUGUUGCAACAAAAAAGAAACUGCUCAGUUAUGGACAGACGAACUCCUGAAAAUAGCGUUCAACCUGGCACUCCUCAACAGUUCUGCCAUUAUGUUCCUACGAAAAUCGCACGUUAAACUCACCUUAAUGCUUGAUAAAGCCGGAAAAAUACCUGUGAAAAACAUUAUCAAAAUAUUUGCUCAAAAUAAAGAAGAUCGUAAACGGGUGGAGAAAGCCCUGGACGCAAGCGGGAUUCCCUCUGGCAAGAAUGAUACAGUCAGCGUACAGAAAUUUCAGUUUGAAGACUUUUUCAACUUCUACAAAAAUCUAACGCAACGCACAGAGGUGGAAAAAAUCUUUGAGGAACUUUGCGGUAAUUCAAAGCGGAAGCUGAUGUCUGCUGCCCAACUUGUAGAAUUUCUGAAUCAUACUCAACGAGAUCCUCGCCUGAAUGAAAUUCUGUAUCCGUACGCGGACACAGAGCGAGCAAAAGAUCUUAUUGCUGAAUACGAAACAAACAAAUACAAUGCUCAAAGAGCGCAGUUCUCAUGUGAUGGAUUUUUACGGUAUUUAAUGAGUGCAGACAAUCCAAUAAUGUCAGAAAACAAGCUUCAGUUGACAGAUGAUAUGGAUCAACCUUUAGCCCACUAUUUUAUUAACAGCUCUCACAACACGUAUUUGACUGGUCAUCAACUGACUGGUAAAUCAUCCGUUGAAAUAUAUCGACAGUGUCUACUAGCUGGUUGUCGGUGUGUGGAGUUGGAUUUUUGGAAUGGCCGUACUGAUGAACCUGUGAUAGUGCACGGGUAUACAUUUGUUCCUGAGAUAUCUGCAAAAGAGGUUAUUGAAGCCAUUGCGGAUUCAGCAUUUAAGACGUCUGAGUACCCUGUGAUCCUGUCAUUUGAAAAUCAUUGCAAUCCACGCCAACAAGCAAAAAUAGCGCAAUACUGUAGAGAUUAUUUUCAAGAUAUGCUCCUUGAAGCUCCACUUGACUCGCAUAAGCUUGAGCCUGGAGUCCACCUUCCGCCACCGUCGCUUCUCAAGCGUAAAAUAAUCAUCAAGAACAAAAAGAAGCAUCACCAUCAUCACUCUCAUCAUCACAAGAAACAAGCAGAGAACCCCGAUAAUGCAAUGAACAAUGGUGACAUCACAGCAACUUUAUCUUCAACUCACCAAGACAGUCAGGAUUCCCAGCAAGGGCCUGUUGAUGAUGAAGAAGAUGAUGAGGAAAGCAGUAGUGGAGAUGAUGAAGAGGAUCUAAGUGAAGUAGCCUCAACUGAGAAACCAGCUGCUGCUGAAAAAAUUUCAGGAUCCAAAGAAACACAAGCAGGAGCUGAAAUUUCUGCUCUAGUCAACUAUAUCCAACCAGUUCAUUUUACAUCAUUUGAAAACUCAGAAAAAAAAAAUAGGAAUUAUGAAAUGUCAUCUUUUGAUGAAAAGCAAGCAACAACAUUGCUGAAAGAAAGACCAAUAGAAUUUGUCAACUACAACAAACAUCAACUAAGCAGAGUUUACCCUGCCGGAACAAGAUUCGACUCGUCCAAUUUCAUGCCGCAAGUGUUUUGGAAUGCUGGUUGUCAGCUAGUCGCUCUCAACUUCCAGACGUUAGACCUUGCAAUGCAGCUGAAUCUAGGAAUUUUUGAUUACAAUCAAAGAUGCGGUUACCUUUUGAAACCUGAGUUCAUGAGAAGGAGGGAUCGAAGGUUUGAUCCAUUCGCAGAAUCCACAGUAGAUGGCAUAAUAGCUGGAACAGUUUCUGUUCAUAUUUUGUCAGCUCAAUUUUUAACAGACAAACGUGUUGGUACAUACGUAGAAGUUGACAUGUAUGGCCUUCCAGCUGACACAGUUCGUAAAAAAUUCCGUACAAAAAUCAUUCCAAACAAUGGUAUCAAUCCAAUUUAUGAUGAAGAACCCUUCGUCUUUAAAAAGGUUGUGCUACCAGACUUGGCAUCAAUACGAAUUGCAGCAUAUGAAGAAUCUGGCAAAUUCAUUGGUCACAGAGUCUUACCUGUUGUAGGACUGUGUCCUGGCUACCGCCACGUUUCCUUACGCAAUGAAGCUGGUCAACCCUUAGGCAUGCCUACUGUUCUCGUCCACAUCGUAGUUAAAGAUUAUGUUCCACAUGGACUUUCUGAUUUUGCAGAAGCACUGGCUAACCCUAUCAAAUUCCAGUCGCAGUUGGAGAAACGAGCUAAACAACUGGCUGUGCUCACUGAUGAUCUCACAGAAUCCACCAUGACAUCAAAUAGUAGCGGGUCUCCCUCUGCCAACCGCCAGGCGAGUGGAGAUGAAAGCAGUUUAUCAAAACAACAGCGAUCCAAGCUCCAAAAUUCAUGCCCUGAUCUCUCUCUACCAAUCGUCGUUCCCACUUUGCAGAGGAAAUCAAUCGCUCCCUCGAUGCUCAUAUCCUCAUCUGAACAAGCAAGUGUUACAGAUGAAGAAUCUACCAACAGUUCAACGGCUCCUAUGGAGUUGCCUGCAGCUCACCUGCUUCCGAAUAAAACCUCCCCUAAAUUUACUGCACAGCAAUGUUCUUCUUCAAGUUCGUUUUCCGAAGAACUGGUUGCUGAACCUCUGGAAAAAUUGAUGGAGUACAAGCCUGUUCGAGAAAAAAGACUGGAACUUGAGAAAAAAUUGGAGAGUUUAAGGAAGAAACAUGAAAAGGAGAGAAACAGACUCACAGGAGAUCCGGAGAAGACGAAAAGUAAAUUUCAUAUGGGCAAUAGGCUAGUCAAAAGGUUAUCAAAUAAGAAUAUCAUUCCACUAACUGCUGAGCAUGCUCAAAGCGUUGUUGAGGCUCAUGCCGAGACCUCAGAAACUGAAGUAGAAAAUACAAGAUUGCCAAGAAGUCAAUCAGAGCGGCUUUUAUCAAUUACAAAAGACCACGUAAAUCAAGAAAGGGAACUGGAAGAAAAGUACCACAACUUGAUUUUCGCAGCGCUGGAAAAAUCAAUGCGUUCAAGCCAAGCUAGUCAACUGAAAUUCCUAGGAACGAUGCUCGAGAAAGAAACGGAAGAUGUCAUGAGGAAGUUACAGUCAGUGCGCCGAGACGAAGUGAAACAGUUAUCGAAAGUCCAUCGUGACAAGGAUGAAAUGAUACGCAUCAAAAGAGAAGUUGCAAGUGCUGUUGUCGAAAAAGGUGUUUCAGAAAGAGUUCGUUUAUCUCAGCUUUAUGAGAAACGAAGAGAAGACCUCGAAAAACAACAUCAGCUAGUGAGACUGAGUUUUGAAGAAGAAAAAACCAAGGCAAAGAAUGCCUUACUCCAAGAAUACCAAAGUAAAUUAUCUCGGUUCGAAGAAGAAUCAAGUGGGUUGUAAUGGAUAUUUUUGUUUAGACAACAUUCCCUUCGCAUUAUUCCUUAGCUAUUUAUUCUAUACCAAAGAAUUUCCUGUGAAUAAAUGAAUUCAUCUAGAGCAAUGACUCUUUGAUUUACCUCUACAAAUAGAGAAUAGUUAAUCUGCUUAUAAUUUCUGAAAGGAACAAGUUUUGUCCAGGACCAGCCUCAUGAUUGUCUCUUCUUGUCUGAUGAUGUAUUUUAUCUAUUGUAUUUUUUAGUUAAUUUUGAUGAAAACUGUGAUCAAAUUUAAUAAUAGCGCAACAAUAUCACAACUUAUUGCUGAAAUUAUCAAGCAGUCUAGAAUGGUUUGUUGUAUGUAUGAUAAAUUACCACAAAAAAAUUCGAUUGCAACAAGAUUUCCUCAAAGAAUAUGAAAGAAAAUAUGUUCAUCUUGCGUCUAAGGAUUGAGCGCAAAAUAGUUAAAGGGUGAUAGUGAAUGUUUGAAUGCUUCUUUUCUGCUACGUGCUAAUAUUUUUUUGUUUCCUUUUCUGCAGUUCUGUAAAUAAAUUUUGCAUACAGAAUAAAAAGAAAGUCUUUGAAAUGCUUUCCUGAUAACUUCUCAAUAAAUAUGUAAGCUCACCCUAAAGAAGACCAGUCACAAUUAAAACCAGUGGAAUUUUUGAAACUCCUAUUUGUAACAACAAUUGAUGCUCCAACAAAAUACAUCACCCGGCCUUGUUAUCCUAUAACAUGUAUAACAUGUAAUCAGAUUCCUAUCGGUCAGCCAUCGCUAACAUCACUCACCCUGUCCAUGCCACACUUUGAACUUUCAUGUCAAGUGAUUAAAUUGUGAUCUCUCCUUUCAUUUUCCCUUGAUGUUUACAUAACUUAAUUUCUAAUUCUUAACUUGGUCCGUACUUAAUCCCAAGUUUAGCUAUGUUUGUUAACCUCAAAAAUAAUUUUUAUCACUGUAGCAAAAGCCCAUGUGUUCCAAGUCAUUUCUUCAUGUUUGCAGUAGUUUGUGAUUGAACUAACGGGGUUUCUCCAUGUAUCCGUUUUUCUUAUGCAAAUAACGAUCUUGUUAAUAGUCAUACAGCCAUUGUAAGUGCUUCAAAGUUAUGUUCAAAUAUGAAUGAAUGUAUGUAUGAAAAAUCCUAUCUUUUUCUCUUAUAUUUGAUGUAAAUCUCUGGCCAGGAGGGAAUAGUAUAGAGUUAUGAAAGUGGUAAAACGUAACUGACAUUAAAACCUUGUUCCUCACUCGUCAAACUCAUCCUGACCGCUGAGUGGCAUCUUUACAUUCUCGAGGAAAAAUGAUCCAUAAUGGCAAAACCACCCUCUCAGCAUAAAUGAAUCUAUAUUGAGCACAUAAAUAAUAUGUACAUUUGUAUCAUACCUUUCAGAGAGGGCAACUCUCAUUACAAUUGACUUUGUAACUAUUGCGCAGCAUUUGAUGUUCUAUCACAUGUUUUGCUGUAUGUUUUGUGGCAUGGAGGUCAUUAAAUGCCAUAACACCACAGCAGUAAAAUGUUUCAUAAAUUAGAUUGACAUGUAUUACUAGUUGCCUUUUUUCUAAACAUUGCCCCGAAAAGAGACAAAUUUUAAAACUUUCAAUUUUAUUUUCAAAAUUUCUGUUUUUGGUUUGUAAUGGAGGUAUUCCGGCUCUUGAAGUAUAGCAUUUCAUAAAUUUAGCCUCACUAAAAAAAAAAAAAAAAUCAGAACAGGGGAAAAGGAAGUGAUUAGGAGCAUAAUAGGUCUGUCAUCAUAGCUUCGAAUUUAAAUCUUCAUUGUAGGAUUAAAUGAUGUUCAGCGUAAUUUGAUAGUUUUUCAGGCUUUUUAAAAUGUGUGUACUUUUUCCCUUUUACCUGUACCUUGUUUGUAUAAUUAAUUUUUAACUGUAAAAUUUACCCAAGACAAGUUGGUUUCUUUCUAUUGAUCCUAAGCAGCUGAUGAAUUUUGCUCAUUUUAAGUACUUCACAGCUAAAUCUACCCGACGUUCUUAGCGAAACUGUUCAAUAAUUUUCCUAUUGUUUAGUUUUUAUCAAGGAUCAUCACCUUUGACUGUAUUCAUGAUCCCUGUUCGUGUGAUAUUUUCUUUUUCUUCUUACGUUCCCCCUUUUUUUUAUGAGCUGUAUCAACCCAUCGAUUUGCCUCAGAUGAUAAUUUUUUCUUCUUUUUUGUUUAUAUUGUAGUAGUGAUUCUGAAGGUGACCUGAAUGAGCGACCAAUUAUUCUUCAUCGUUCCGGUAUUAAAAUGAUUGUUCAAAUUACAUUCCGAAUGAUGCCAUUCUGGUGAGCGCUUAGUUUAAUCAACAUUUUGAAAAGCAAUGACUAUUGUUGAAAUUUCAAUACUGACUGAUCAGGGGAGGGGGAAUUUUUUUUGUAAAAUUAUAUCUAAAAACUAAUUUAGCUCCCACCAAUAGUGCAGUUUUUUACCUCUCUGUUAUUUAAUUUAAGUCAUCAGUGGUCAAUCAAUUCAGCAACGUGAAUGAAUUUGAUUAGAAUUUGAAUCUACUGUAGAGUUUGUUUUAUUUAUUUGUAUGAAUGAUAUUUUAGCAUCUUUUUUUUCUCCUUUGGGUUGUUUCCUCAUUUUUAGAGAUUGUAUGUUACAAUAACUGAUAUGCUAAACAGUGUUCGUUUUGAAGAAGAGUGGUGAUUUCAAUCCAUACAGCUAGUGUUAGUGAGGCUUUUUCCCGAAACCCUCCUAUAUUAAGAUUUGUUGGUCCCCCAAAUCCAUAUAAAUUGUUUCUAAUUAGUUUUUGUUAGGUACAAAUGCUCACACCAGAUGCAUCUCUUGUUUUGUGUGUUUUCUCUUAUUAUUAAUCUAUCAUUCUCGUUAUUGGGUAUGUUCAUUCCCUAGGAAUGUGUAGUUUCUGCCCAUCUUCAGUAAUCUUGUAAAAAUUAGACCGUUUCUAGGAGUUAGGUUUACCAUAAUGCAGGUUUAAUAUGUAAGUGUUGAUGUUAUUAUGUUACCAAAUGGGUCAGUAGACACAAUUAAGGCACCCGUAUCACAUUUCAUUUGAAAAAUUUCAUUUGAAAAAUUUUAUCUGGAAAACUCAUAGUAUCAAUGCAACAGUACCUUGUUUGUACCCAAACAAGACAUUGAUCACGGAUACAGAAAAUUCUGGUGUGUGGGAGUAAGAUUUUUCUACAAUUGCGUCUAGACAGGAAUUUUUUUAGUUAAAACGAAGUUUUUAAUUUUUUGAGAAGUGUGAAACUUAAGGCUUAGACUGUCACUCAGUUAAACCCCGAGGGAUGUUCUGCUUACUCUGAAUCAACAUUUGUAGCAAGAAUUAAGUUGUUAAUAUCAUGGUCUUUCUUUGAUGUCGGAUGCUGAAAUUAGGUGAAAAAUUGAGAGUCGACAAAGUUGACCUGACAUGCUCCAAUGUGAAUGACAUUUUUGUCUUUUCGAAAAAAAAAAAAAAAAAAAUUCGUCUGAAGUUUGAAAAUCACCAGAGCCUCAUAGCAUAAGUAAACUUUUUGCUCUCAUGAUGAGAAUGAAAAUAUAGUUCAAACCUAAUUCAGAGCACUCGACCACUCUCUGGUGUCCCAUAACCUACUCCUUUUAGAGCUGUUUUAUCAGUUGUCGGUAAGCUACCAAAACAUUUCCGUCUAGAAAAAGUUACGCCAAGAGCGCUCUCAUCAAUAGCGAUCUGAGUAUUCAGAGCUGACGAAAAUAAGCUGUUGCCAUGUGUACAUCUGGCGUGCCGCCACGCCAGGCAAUCUGACAAACUGGCACACGGGGCACCAAUGCAUUGAGUGCGAGCUCUUAAAACUCCGAUGAGGCGGGCUGUUAACGAUAUCAUCACCACUGUCGGUACUGCCAGCAGUUUUGGUAAAAGACGAUACUGAUAGCAUUCCGGCAAGAAUUCGUUUGAAUACCCCUAUCUUCUUUUUCACAUUUUUUCAACUCAUUAGUGUGAAACACUUCAUUUGAGUAUAAAUGUUUCUUGUAAGUAUGAAGUGACGCUUGCUUCCCUCUUGCUUGGAAGUAGGAACAGAAAACGGAGACUGCACUUGCUGUUCUUACAACCAAGAUUAACUCAUUUUUUCAGUCUCAAAGGAUAUUUUAUAUCUUUUCGAAAACAGAAUCAAUGUAAUAAUUUGAUUCGUUUGUUGUUGGUUUAUUUUUCCUCAAAACUGCAUUUGUAGGUAGAUCUUAUUUGCUUAAUAACAUCCGUAUUGAUCAUAAUACUUUAAAAUUUUGUCUACUGGUCCAGUGCCCGCUAGUGUGCCUAACAAAGGGUUCGUGAGAUUAGCUUCCUUCACUCCUUGUAAAGUUGAGUUGAAAGCUGUCUAUACUCUGUAAAAAUCUGUUGAAUUGAAGAUGAGAUUCAUCUCAUUGUCUUGUUUUUCUAAAUCUCCGAAAUUCUAGUCAUUUGUGGGUCAGUUUGUGAUGUUUUAGAGGUAUUUUAAUUUAUUAGUUAUCAUUUUAUCCAUCAGGGAAAUUCAUUUAAGAAACAAAAGAGCAGUAAAAACUAGAAACCUGUCACUGUUAGAAUUUAGCAGUAAAAAUAAGUUUCUACCAACUAACAUCAUUAAAAAUGGCCUGGGCAUGGCUUUUCUGAUGGAGAGGACUUGUAAAAACUAGUUCUGACCCAAGAAUUGCCAGAUAACGGGUAAUAACUGCACCCAAGAAAGGAGUUGGGCUAUUGUCUUAUAAGAGGAAGUGGGCGCUGCCCCAAAAUUCCUCUUGGAAACGUGCAAGCCAAACAAGAGAAUCUGGAUUUUGAAUGGCAAGCUCAGUCUGUUAGAAUUCUGCACGUUUUUCCGCCAUCCCAAUGCCAAAGUUGAAAAACUACACAAAAAAACUAUAAUUUUGUUCAUAUAGUAAUUUUUAAAAGGAUACUCUCAACUGUUUUAUAAGGCACAUGCGUGCAGAUCAUCAAUACUGAAAUUAAUGUAAGAUGAUUUGAACAAGUUGUUUUUUCUAACUGGAAACAUGGUGAUCUGAACUAAUCUGAACUUGGAGUCUUGAUUUUCUUUUCUAAAGUUGAUGUACAAGUGCCCACUUCCUUAUAGGUUCCUCAGUUUGAACUAUCGCCACAACAACUUUCUCUUGAGUCUCAUGAGUCGAUGAAGUUCUGAAGAUUUAUCAGCACUCUAUUACCCUUGUAAAUAUCUGUGUCUCUAAAUUAAUUUAGUGGUUGUAAUAUUCAUGUAGCAAUAAUCUUUGCCUUGGAUAAUAGAUUUGCUUUUUUCAAUUGUGAGCUGUGGCUUUUGAGUAUGGCAUUUUGGCACACAUAUAACGUACUUACUGUCAUAUUCUGUGUUUGAAGAAGGAGUAUGUAGCAUUCUUUUAUCUAAUUUUAACUCUUUACAAAGAGCUUAGUGUUUAAUCGAUCAGCAGUGGCUUAAUAUUCUGAAGUUAGUAAUCUCUGAUCCCAAGAAGACUUUUCAAAAUCACAAGCUGUUUUUGCUUCACUCUAAGUUAGAGUAAACCAUUUUUGUAUCAAAAGUGACUGAUUUUGCACUCUAAAUGCAGCUGAAACUGUGGAAGAUGAAGUAGCGCUUCAAGAGAAUUGUCUCAUUUAAGAGCAUCGCAAAGGUGUGCAGUCCAAUCAAUGCUUGAAUUGAUGUUGUUUAAUUUAAAAGCAUUUUUUUAAAGGCUCUGACUGAAAAAAUAGGCAACACUUGAUAAACAAGUUCCUUAAAUGAUUGUAUUUCCAUUUGAAUUGAAGUAAUUAUCUGUUUUAAAAUAUUGAAGUAGUCAGGCUUGCAAUAUUACGAUCCUCAGAAUAAAAAAUAGGGACUUAACUAAGCAGGCAUAUUGUUCAGUUCUCCAGGAAUGACGUUGAUAGUUCGAGUUUAAUCAAGUUUAUAUUGUCUGUAUGCAAGCCAUCAUUUUGUCAAUAUCUGACUAUUAGGCCUGUCCUUCAAACAACCUGCGUUUUUGUAUGAAUUGAUUUAAUGAUGCAGUGAAUUGAAUUUGACCUUUCUUCUCUCAAGUCACUUAAAUAAAUUAUAGAAUUAAGAUUGUGCAAUACUUCAAACUCUCUCCAAAAGUAAGUUUUGAUUUAUGUUCAAAUGUGAUUAAAGUGAUUUUAGUUUUUAGAAAUAAGCCAUCCACCUAACUCUUCUCAAACAACUUACCUCUAUUCUCCCAAGAUCAAUUGCGUUUUGUUCAAGGAAAUUUUCCUAAAGGUAGAAACUUUCUUCUGAUUCCCUAAAUUGAACUAAGCAAUUUUUCAGAUUAUGAACUCCUCAAAAUCUCAGGUUUUUAUCUUUCGGGCAGGCCUUGAGUUUCCUUUAUAUUUACCCAGUAUGUCACAGAUUGUUGGAUUUUUCCUACAAAAAUAUUGAAGUUACUCAGUAUCGUACAUACAUAAUUUUUAUUGUUGAAGUUGAGGGUAGUUGCUAGGUUUAUAUUUAAUGUUUACCUCAACAUGUUUUGUAUUUAGAUUUUCCCUCUUAUUGUAUAGUACAUAUUAUCAAAUCGAUGAGUUCUAUCUCCUCCUUGCCAUCAGAUGGAAACCGGGACAUAAUUCGAAUCAUGAUUAUUUAAGAAUCUAAUAUCUGCUCAGAUUGUCUAUUUAGUUCUUCGACAUUCAAAAUGUCUGGUGCUGUUAUGAACUCGUAUUCCUGUUGAAAUACUAAUGUGUUUAAUCCUGUGAACCCAAGAAUCCCAUACAUUGUAGGUCGCUUGUCAUUUCUUCUACUCUCUGAUCUAGUAUUGUUGGUAAUUAGAUGAUUUAUUAGUCCUGAUGACCAACUUUUUUACCAUUUUUUUGGGUCCUAAGUCAGAGAAUCCAAAAAUGUAUCACUAUCCAAUAAUUUUCACUAGAAAUGCAGCUCACAGCUGAAAAUUCAGUCAAUACUAGCCAGCGAAACUUCAGAUCUUUGCUUAAGAAGGGUUUCUACUUUCAGAUUAUUGUCAGCUUAAAAAUUUCAGCCUGUAAAGUAGGCUAUUUCAAGCAUUUGUCAGCAGACAUGAGCUUGAAUUUAAAUUUAAAAUACUCGUACAUUUUCAAUCCCCUGAUACUGAUUCAUUUUUACUCUCCCUUGUUCCAUUUUCAUAAUUCUAAAAAGUAUGAAUUUUAAUUCAAAGAUUGAAAUUCAUAUAACAUAUGCUAGAAAGAAGGUUCAAACCGCAACUUCCAUUCAAGUGUCUGAUAUUUUGCUGUAAUUCUAGUGAAACCUGACCCUAACCAGUGAUGUCAGUUAUUCCUUCAAAUCAAAUUUUGUUUUUAAGUUGCAGCCUCCCUCCUAAUUUUAAGUAUUCCUAGUAAAGACAAUCAAAGUUGAAUGUAUCAAUACAUAUUAAUAAGUAAAAUUGAAUUAUCUUUUCUUCUUUUUUUGUCUUGUUUUGUAAUUAUUGCUUGAGUUUCAUUUUUUUGUUUGAUAGGAUUGAAUCAAUUUAUGAGCUUGUUGUCUUGACAAAUGUAGAUCUCAUAAAAAAGAUAGUGCAAAUUGAUCACAAGUGAAACCAGGAAACCUUUUCAGUUAUCAGAACCAGAUAUUUGUUUCAUUUGCACUGAUACUCUCGUUUUACAAGACCAUCUAGGUCAAAUUGGAAGAAGUUUUUUUAAUCCAACUUUUUGCCCAUUUCUUAUCUUUUUUCCUAAUCUCAAGAAUCAACAGGAACUUAGCCAGGAACAGGACUGGGAAUUUGCUGCAUCUUCUAUUGCAGGAAAAGGUUGAUUUAAAAUUUUCUCAAUUUAACCCUUUGUUGCAUGAGGGAAUCGUUGAUUUUGGAGAGAAAAUCUACAUUGUACAGUAUUUUUUUGACACUAGAGUCGGUUGGAAUCGAUUUUUAUGGUUUUUUCUAAGCAAGGAGAUCAGACUUCUAAUGUUCCCCAAAAAUUAUUUCUUGCUUUGAUUCAAUUUAAUACUCUAGCAUAGAAAUAAAGCUGAAAAACAUUUGUUGCUUUCACGCAACACUAUGCAAUAAAGGGUUAAGUACCUAUGUAGAAAAAACAAAAACAAAAAAAACAAAAAAACAAAAAAACAAAAAAAACACGAAGAAACGUUGCCCAAACCGUAACUCGUAAGUAUGUAGUAUCUCUUAAAAUUGCAAUAUUUGUCAAGGCAACGAAUUGAAAAAAUUGUUAUCAUCUUAGCUCGUAAAAUGGACCAGAAAGAUUUCAAAGGAAUGGCCAGGUCUCCCCUACCAUUCAUUACACCUAACUAUUUCACUUAAAAUUACUGUGAAGAUUUUUCAUAAAGUGUAUCAAUCGCUUUAUUCAGGGUCCGAAUUUUGUUGAUAGGUUUGCGGUCAGCCGCAAGUUGAGGCAAAAGUAUCAACUUUGUUAUUGGAUGGAUGAUUAAUGGUUUGCUCCGUUGGGGAACUGAAGAUGGCUCUUGCCUGCUGGAAAUGACGUUCAACUUGAGUUCAGAAUAAAAGUCUCCCAGCUCAUAGUCGAAUUUAGAGGUCAGGUUUCGCAACUUGCCAUCACUUGUAGGCAACAAAAUUCAGGCCAAGAGAUUUUUCAAUAAAAAAAAGAAAAAAAAGUGAGGUUAGAUUCAAGAGUCUCGUCUUUUUGAACAAUUCAUCCGUAUUUGAAAUUAGUUUUGAACAAGUUAAAAAAUGUGCGAAAAAUUAGUCCAUUUAUGACCUCAAGAUUCUUGAUGUGAAAUAGACUCCCUAAAAUAACUGUUGGUUUGUAACCUCUAUCAUGAUCCAAUCAGAAUAAAGUCUGAAAAUGAAUAAUGUUAGUUUUGUUAAAAAAAAAUGUUGGUCCAUUUUACCGGCUUUUCCCUGAUGUUACUCUAUGUAUUUAAAUGUGCGCUGUUUUCUUUGAGAUGUUAAGUUUUUGCAGCUUUAGCAAUUCACUGUAAAAAAAUUUGACUGAGCAGAUGUCUGCAGCUGUAAAACACUGGGUCAUCCUUGUAGUUCACAGCUGAAAGUCAUUGAGCAACAUCUGUCACCAAUUGGAGCUUUGGAAUGAACACUUAUCAGUAUCAUAAAUUUGAUAAGUUCCCAGUGGAAUUCGUAAAGAAAAAUAUCUUCUGUGGAUACUGAAUCCUAGUUAAACGAAACUACUUAAGACUCCUUUGAAUGCCAAUCUUUACGGGUCUUUAACUUGACAGUAGAUAGAUCUAUUUUUCAAAUACAAUUUUGGCUUCCAUCAUUUGCCAAAUGAGUCUAUCUGCAUCUAUGAAUUUCUAUGUUUUCAUUCAGAAGCAUUUUCCAACUUUUUAUUACUCUCUCGCUCCCCUUGUAUAUUUUUGGUUUGGCUUCCAAUUUGUGCAUCGGUAAUGUAUAAUGAAGGAAGAAUUGAGCAAUUUUCAAACGUAUUCUUUUGCCCUUUCACCAGAUUUUAAAUCUAGACGGAUUGGAAGAAAACGAACAAAAUAAAUAAAUACAGUAUGUAAAUUUCUUAACUGCUGUCGAUAUAAGAGCUUGCCGAGCUGAGAACAGAAUUCUAGGAAUACUUCUCUUUUUAUGGUUUCAAUCUACCUCUGAGCUCUCCUGUUCAAAUGGAUGUAUCCAUAGUUUAUAUUUACAAACCCCAUCCGUUCAUAAUUUGCUUAACAAUGUAUUUUACUUUUAUCGACAUCUGCUCAGCUUGUUUUGCUCAUUUCCAUUUCUUCGUUUUUAGAUUCUUUUUAUUUUACUAAGAAAAGGCUGUGUUUUCGUAUGAAUUUUUUUUUUGUCCUUCUGUUAUAUAUAUUUAUUGCUCGAGUAACAUCCUCCUAAUGAACCCCCUAAUUCGUUUUUUUGUACUUGAUGGUGCGCAUUCUUUUAAGUUUUUAUUUUUUCCCCAUUGAUUUAUUUUUUUUCUAUUGUUAAUUUACGUUGAAUCAAAAUAGGUUUACAGAUUACAUUGCAUUAUCUCAUUUUUAUAUGUAAAUAUUUUCAGCAAUAAAAGUAAACUGAUAAAAAUGA